CCACACCAUCCAUUUCCAACGACCUCCUGUUGCAGCUCCCCAUUUUGAAACUUGUAUUAAAAGGACCUUUCCUCAUUAAUUCCACCAUUAAUAUCUUCUUCCCUUUCCUUGCGUUGAUUGAGCACGAUGAACACAGAGGAAGGCAAAUUGGUGGUCAUGGGCCGAGCAGAGAUUGACACCAGAGCACCUUUCAAAUCAGUCAAGGAAGGCAACAAGCUCAAAGAGAUUGGAGCUGCAGGGCAUGCUGCUUCUGCUCAAUCAACGAUUGGGGUCUUGGAAGCUGAGCUUGAAGAAACAAAGCGAAAUCUUCAGAAAGUUAGAGAAGAAAACAAGAUAAUGGCAUACUGCAUAAAGUCACUAAGAGAUGAUCUUGACCGUGCAAAGAAAGAGCUGCACAAGUACUUGAAGGCAAGAGAGUUUGAUCAGAAGGACCCAGUUGAUCCUGAGAUUGAAGAAGAAGACCUUAAAUUCAUUGAGGAUGGCGCCGCGAAGUUUGAAACCAAGACCAUGUUGAGCCAAGACGCAGAGGAAUUGGUGCAGAAGAAAAGAUAUGUGAAAUUUGCAAGUCCUCCUACACUGGCCCAAGUCAUUGUUAGCAAAGAAGACUUGGGGGAGAGAGUCGGAAACCCUUCUGUCAAGAAAACCAAGAAGAAGCCAUUGGUGCCUCUGGUUGGGUGGUUUUUUGCCAAAAACAAGGCAAUUCAAGAAGGGGGUGGGGAGUCUCCAAGAGCCUGAGACUCUCAUGGGCAGAUUAUGCAGAGAUUAUUAAGUAAAUAUAUUCAUUUCAAGAAUGUUUGUUGUUGAUAAAUGAAGCCUGCAAAAGGGUUUCCAUUAACAGUCAUUUUUAUUGAAAUAAUCAGACAGAGCUAAGGCAUCACUUUUUUCUUUUA